AUGUUUGGUCGCAGUUGUGCUCGUCUUGCCACUUCACGGACGGCUGUCCCAUUGAGCUCCUACCUGGCGCGCGUGCGGCAAUACUCCUCCGGCGCGAGCUAUGAGCAUAUUCUCACCUCGAUUCCUAAGCCGGGAGUCGGUCUGAUCACCCUGAACCGGCCUAAAGCGUUGAAUGCCCUGUGCAGCCCUCUCUUCACAGAGCUAAACGAUGCCCUGAGCACAUACGACAAUGAUCAGGAUAUCGGCGCGAUUAUUAUCACCGGAAGCGAGAAGGCCUUUGCAGCCGGCGCCGACAUCAAAGAAAUGGCACCCCUGAGCUUUUCCGCAGCCUACAAGGACAACUUCAUCGCUCCAUGGUCGCACCUCGCCAACUCCAUCCGCAAGCCUGUGAUCGCUGCUGUCUCCGGCUACGCACUCGGCGGCGGCUGUGAGCUAGCCCUGAUGUGCGAUAUUCUAUACUGCACCUCGAACGCGACCUUCGGCCAGCCGGAGAUCAAGCUCGGUACAAUCCCUGGCGGCGGCGGCUCGCAGCGGCUCACCCGUGCGGUCGGAAAGAGCAAGGCAAUGGAAUUGAUCCUGACGGGCAAGAACUUUAGCGGCAAGGAAGCUGGAGAAUGGGGUGUUGCUGCGCAGGUUGUGGAUGGCGGCAAGGAUGAAUUGCUUGAGGUCGCACUGAAGACUGCCGAGACGAUCGCCAGCUACAGUCGAGUCGCUGUCGUGGCUGGCAAGGAGGUUGUGAACAAGAGCCAAGAGCUUUCUCUGCGGGAGGGCGUGGAGUACGAGCGCAGACUGUUCCAUGCGCUAUUUGGAAGCAAAGACCAGAAGAUUGGUAUGACUGCUUUCGCAGAGAAGAAGAAGCCUGAGUGGUCCCACGAGUAA